GUUAACCUGCUAAUGUUUCUUUAUUCUUUUCUCCCUUCGACUUCGAGGGUGUCAUCAAUAUUCACCGAGGAGAAAGUCAGAACUUGUCUUGAGCAGAGGGAUCGGAGAUUUCAUAUAUGUUUUGGUUAUUGCGGGGAUCAAAGCAAAGGGCCAGGGAGCACUUUAAACUACUUUGCUUGGCUAAGCAGAGCUGACCAAUUCUGCCAGUGAAGCACUUGAUACAUGAUUAAGGCAGCAAAGGAAUCGUUUAAUGUGAUGAAUGGAGAAGAGUUGGAGGAAGGCUACUCAGCCAAGUCUAGAGAGAAAUGUGAUAGAAGUAGUGAAAUUGGCAUCCUAGACCCACCGGCAGGGCUGGCGGUGGGACCACCCGCAUUGCCUUUAAAAGGAGCAGCAGUACAAUCAGCACCACAGAUAAUGGCUCCGAAAGGAUCAGUUCCACCACCUAUGCCACAGAAAAAACAAGUUGCACCCCCACCCCCACCACCACCACUUGGUGCUGGAAAAUUGUUUAAUCAAAAGCGAGCCACCGGUAAAUUGAAGAGGUCCAGCCAAAUGGGUAAUCUGUUUAGGGAUCUGAAAACAAAGAUGGAGGGGUCUAGUCUGCAAGUUAAGCCAUCUAGUAGAACGAAGAAGCAGUUAGGGGGUUCUGCUGGAGGGAAAGAGGGAUUGGCUGCCUCUUUGGCAGAGUUAACAAAAAGAUCGCCAUACUUUCAGCAAAUUGAAGAAGAUGCUCAAAAGCAUGCGAAAACGAUCCUGGCAUUAAAAAUAGCUAUAAAUUCUUUGCAAACAAAAGACAUGAUUAAGCUGAUUAAGUUCCGAGAAAAUGUGGAAGCCUUUCUUGAAAACCUAACGGAUGAAAGUCAGGUGCUAGCAAAGUUCCAAGAUUUCCCUACAAAGAAACUGGAAACGAUAAGGACAGCUGCAGCAUUGUACUCAAAAUCAAACCUGAUAGUUUCCAACUUGAAGAAAUGGGAGGUAAAACCACCUACAGGGCAACUGUUGCACAAAUUCGAUUGCUAUUUCAGCAAGGUUAAAGAAGAAUUAGAUGCAUUUGAAAGGAUCAAAGAUGAGGAAUCCAGGCAAUUCAAGAGCCAUGGUAUUGACUUCGACUUCAAUAUAUUUACAAUGAUCAAAGAACUAAUGGUGGAUGUUUCCUCCAGUUGCAUGGAGCUUGCACUUAAGGAAUGGAGAGAAACCAAGGGUUCAAUGGUGAAUAAAAACAAUGGAUGCCAGACUGAUAUACAAACAAAAGGAAAUAUUCAAUUGCUUUGGAAAGCUUUUCAAUUGGCAUUCAGGGUCUAUUCUUUUGCUGGUGGACACGAUGAUCGUGCUGACAAGUUAGCCAAAGAAUUGGCUAAUGAAUUUUUGUGUGAUUCUUCAAAUCAGUGAUCCCUGCCUCCCCAAAACCAAUAAACAAAACUUCAUUUUUGCUAA